AUGAGUCUACGCCUACCCCUCCGGAGAGGCGAAUUCGCCACCAUAAUCAGCGUCUACGCUCCUCCAAUGACCAGCAUCGACGUCGCAAGAAGCAACUUCUACGAGUGCCCGCAUGCCCUCCUGACGACUGUGUUGUCGGAGGCAGAUAAGUUGAUUGUCCUUGGUGACUUCAACGCCUGCGUCGGCACAGACCAUGCUGCCUGGGGAGGUGUGCUGAGUCCCCAUGGUCUCAACGGCCCCAAUGACGAUGGCCUGCUCCUUCUACGAAACUGUGAAAAACGUCCACUCAUCCUGACCAACAACUUCUGCCUCCCGAUGCGAGAGAAGGCCACGUGGAUGCACCCUCGGUCGCGUCAGUGGCACCUGCUAAACUAUUUCCUCGUCCGGAGGCGAGACCGGCGAGACGUGCUGGUGACAAGGGCGAUCCUGGGUGCCGACGGGUGGACCGAUCAUCGUCUGGUCAUCUCCAAGAUGCGUAUUCGCCUACAGCCUCGCCGGUGACCUCAAGGUAAGCGGCCGCAGGUAAGCUGAAUAUUGCUUUGUUGUCUUUGCCUACUCACCAUCUCCAUUUCAGUAACGAGCUAGCUCAAUGGCUAGUCAACCCUCCAGUCGCUGCCACCGCCGCCGCCGCCGCUGACGAGAAGACAUCCAUGGAGAACCGAUGGUGCCAACUGCGGGACACAGUUCAGUCGACGGCGCUGGUCGUCCUCGGUCGCGCACGCCGCCCACAUCAGGACUUAUUUGACGACAAGGACGCCGCCAUCAGUAACCUGCUUGUCGAAAAGAACCGACAGUACAAAGCCUACGUCGCUCGCCUCACUGAAGACAAUAAAACAGCCUUCAAUCGCAGUCGUCGCCCUGUGCAACAGCGGCUGCGCGAGAUUUAG